CAGCAUAUCUUCUCACACAAGGAAUAUAAUGUGAGAUGAGGAAGAAAUGGUUGACAAUUGUUUUAUGUACACUUCUUCAAGCAACUUUUUCUUUUUCAUUAUAUCAUGAUUCUGAGGAUAGGAAAUCACUUAUGGAACGACCCAAAUCACAUUGCUUCAGCUGUGCCUCAUUUGUAUAUCUUCCUUUAUGGUCUCAAUUAAUGCAUCACUAUUAUCCACCAAAAAACUUCACCGAUAGAUGUUGGCAACCAGAUUCUGGAAUUGGUCUUGUGCCAUGCUCAUCUGCAUGUUUUACACUUGUCGAGAGAAUCGAUGGUGAGGAGUAUGUCUCGGAACAGCACGGCGUGAUACGAGGAUGCAUGGAUCGUCUUCUACUAUUUGGACUUGAUGAUGACGUCAGAAAUAUCCUGAGUGCUUACGAGAAUCAACGAGUUUGUCGACACACCGAUCGAAAGUUACUGAGGUUGUUCCCGUUGUCAGGGCAGACAGAUGUGGUCACAUUCUGCUCGUGCAACGGGGAUUUCUGCAAUGAACAUGAUAUGCUUCGUGAGCUAAGCUCUUCCAACUCAUUUCAAAUUCAUUCCGUCCUACUUCUCGUUGCCACGUGGAUACUCAUCUUAUUCUAACCCUCCCCUUCCAAAUAGAAAAUGUGUCUUUCUUUCUUCAUUUGACCAUCAUCAACUCUUUCUUUUAAAUUUCUAAAAUACCAUUUCUUUCAGACGAGUUCAACUUUUUUUUCAUUCAGAAGAAUUGUAUCUCUGUACUUUUUGAUUUGAAAACGCAAAAAAACAAUAAAAAUUGAAAAAAU